UAGCCCGUUUCAGGGAAGUGUAGGGAAAACUGACUCGUUGGUGGGACGCGAGGGCGUGCGGAGCGCCAGAGGCGAGCCCGGCGGGCCAGUGCUGAGCACCCACAGUCGUCGGAACUCCUCUUCCAACGCCUCUGUGGGAAAUUGUUUAGCGUUUCAUCCAGGUUAUCAAUACAGCGAGUAAUGCCGGGUGAAUGCACGCUGCUGGGUUUGGAAAAAAAAUGAAAAAUGAGCAAGCGAGACCCCCGUUUCGUUUCAUCGUAACCAAGCUGGAAGCAAAUAAAUCGGCUAGGUCCCACUGCAGUCUUCUGCACUCGAGUGCCAAGAGAGCCUGUUCCUAUCAAUUACUGAAGCCAUAAGGAAAAUUUUUUUAAAAAAAUUAAAACUUUACCAUAAUGAGGUGUUGCCACAUCUGCAAACUCCCUGGAAGAGUGAUGGGGAUUCGAGUACUUCGUUUCUCUUUGGUGGUAAUCCUUGUGUUACUGCUGGUAGCUGGGGCUUUGACCACUUUACUUCCUAAUGUCAAAGAAGACAAGAUGCUCACUUUGCGUAGGGAAAUAAAAUCCCAGGGCAAGUCCACCCAGGAUUCCUUUACUCUCAUAAUGCAGACGUACAACAGAACAGACCUCUUAUUGAGACUUUUAAAUCAUUAUCAGGCAGCACCAUAUCUGCACAAAGUGAUUGUGGUGUGGAACAAUGUUGGGGAGAAGGGACCAGAUGAGUUAUGGAACUCUCUAGGGCCUCACCCUGUCCCUGUGAUCUUCAAAGUACAGACGACAAACAGGAUGAGAAAUCGACUCCAGGUCUUUCCUGAACUGGAAACCAAUGCGGUGUUAAUGGUAGAUGAUGACAUGCUAAUUAGCACCCAAGACCUUGUUUUUGCUUUCUCCGUGUGGCAGCAAUUUCCUGAUCAAAUUGUAGGAUUUGUUCCAAGAAAGCAUGUAUCUACUUCCUCUGGUGUCUACAGUUAUGGAGGUUUUGAACUGCAAACACCAGGGUUUGGAAAUGGUGACCAUUACUCUCUGGUGCUGAUUGGAGCCUCAUUCUUCCAUAGCAAAUACCUUGAACUCUUUCAGAGGCAACCUGCAGCUGUCCAUGCUUUGUUAGAUGAAACGCAAAACUGUGAUGAUAUUGCCAUGAAUUUUAUCAUUGCCAAGCACACUGGGAAGACUUCGGGGGUAUUUGUGAAACCUGUAAACAUAGACAAUUUAGAAAAAGAAACCAAUGGUGGUUAUUCUGGAAUGUGGCAUCGAGCUGAGCACUUUCUGCAGAGAUCUUAUUGUAUAAAUAAGCUUGUUAACAUCUAUGACAGCAUGCCCUUAAAAUACUCCAACAUUAUGAUUUCUCAGUUUGGUUUUCCAUAUGCCAACCACAAAAGUAAAAUGUGAAAGUAAAACAAACAAAAACAAACCUCAAAACUGCUUGGUAUUUGAGUAGCUUCUUCAUGCUAUGGUUGGUUUAUUUAUUUAUUUAUUUUUAAGCACAUCAUGAACUUUUUUCUACUCCAGAAGUCUCUACAAGGGGGAAAAAGUGCUUAGGGCUUCUAGCAUAUAAAAUUUACAGGCACUUCAAAACCCAAGAAGCUGGUAUUACCCAGAUAGGUCUUCUUGUGAGAAGUUUUCAUCCACAGAUAUAAUUCCUUGAUCAACAAUUUUAUUGUUUACAUUCUGAGACCAUUCUGCAAUUUAAAAAAAAAAUUUUUAAUUGAAGUAUAGUUGAUUUACAGUGUUGUGAUAAUGUUCUACAAUUUUUUUGACUCCUGGCACUUGUCUUACGGACCUUUAGCAAGCUGUUUCCAGGAUCAGAAACUCAGGACAAGUAUUUCUCAGCUUUUUCAUUAAAGGAUGAUUAUUUUCAUUUGAAGCCUGAAAUGCCUCUUCAACAAAAGCCUGUAGUAUAGGGAAAAGCCAUGUGAGGAGAGAAUAGUCUCAAUCCCAUAUAAAAACGAGUGGAAAAUUUGUGACUAUCAGUACUUCCCUUGUGGUCCUUCCAGCCAGCCCUUUCCAGGACUAACUUAUCCCAGCAUGAUUUCGGUGCAACCAUCAGUGCUUUUAUUUCUGUGGAUAUCUGUUGUGACUGGGAGGGUUAAUUUUAGUAGCUAAAGGAUGUCUAGUUGUUCACCUGAUUUUUGUGAACGUUUACUGCAUGGAUCACAAAAACGUGCAGCCUCUGUUUCUUACAUGCAACUUACAUGCAGUGAGGAGUAAAUGUGUUACUAGAUUCAGGUCGUGCAUUUUGUCACUGAAUCUGACUUUGAGAUUGCACAUUAAUUCUUAGAUUUUACAUAAAGUAUGUAUUGUUUAAGAAACAUGUCUAAAAUAACUCUUUUGAAAGAGUGAUUAAGUAGGAACUGGCAGAAAUUACAACCCUUACUAUCAAAUGAUCUUUAUUGUUAUAAAAGCAUAGGUUAUCUCCUGGAUACUAAAACAUGUGUAUUAUGCACUAAGUCAAUUUCUUGCAUUCAGAACUUCUCCCCUCCAUCCCGCAAAAGAUCCAGAGAUCAUUUCAAUUAUAUAGAUACAGGAAAAAAUAAGAGACCUGAGUCAUAGUAGAGGAAUUCCACAGGGAGUCUGCAUCAGCUGACUGUUAAGUUGCCCACUUUCUGUUACGUGAAUUAGUAUCUUCCACACGGUGUCUGUGUUUGGUCCUCGUUCACUAUUGGUGGAAGGGAAUACUGAGGCCUCUUUCUGCCACCUUCUAUUCCUAUGCCCCCUCCUGCUCCCAUUAUGCGGUUAUAUUCUCAAAAUUGCAAAGCUAUGAAGAUAAUCAUGGUUAAUGUUCCAACAAUGAGGUCUCUGUGCAAUUAGCUCAGUGUAUAUUGUUUCUUUACAUGGACAUGUGUAUGUAUCUUAAUGCCAUCAGAGAAAACCAAUAGAACUCGCAGCCUCACUAAAAAUUUAUAGUGUUAAUUAUCUGCUUUGUCCAACCUUGGUAGUGACUUUUUGCCUCUUGAGAUUGGCAGAUAAAUAAAAUAAACUUUUACCAUCCA